CCCGUAAUCCCAAAACUAAAAAUGGGGAAAGAGUACGAUAGUGAGUACAAACAAACAACAACAAAGGGAAUCGGGUCUACUCAUUCCCUUUCCCUUUGUUUAUUAACCCUAAACAAACGCCCCUUUAAUAACAUUUUAGUCCUUAAAACUUUUAUAUUAAAUUUCAUUAACAUUAACCUCUCCUAUUCCCUUCAUAGAGGAAAUAUGACAUAUUACUUUGUCAACUUAACUUAUAAUAUUCCAAAAUGGACGUAUCAUAAUCCUCUAACUAUAAAACACUUGCAAACCAGUAAUACUGUUCAUUAUGAACAGUAGUUUUGCCACAUGAAUUGCCACUUCAGCCUUACACUGCCACAUGUUGCCUACACUGCCAGUUCAUCUCUUUCCUUUAGCUGCUGACUUUUGAUCUACCUCAUUUCACAGUCGUUUCUCUCUUCUUUCUCUACCUCUCUUCUUCUACCUACUGGUUAAUACCCACAAGAAAGGAGAUCCAAUUUUUGAUUAUUGUUGUUCCUUCUACCAUCUCUCACCUUUUCUCUUCAUUUAUUUUUGGCUGGUCAAUGAAUCUUUUCACAUUUUUGGGGCGGCUCAUUAACUCCUCCCAAAGCUGUAUUAUUUGUAUUAUUUCUCUAGGCAAGCAUUAUCAGGUCAUGUCAUUAAACCAGUUCCAAAGGUUAUAUAUGCCAUUCUUUGUGAGAAACUGGAAAAACACCAAACAAUAGCAUUGUAAAAUAUCAUUUUGGCCAUGGGAGGAGUGGUUGACGGUGGAGUUGCUAUUGGUUGCAAACCCUCUCCACGCCGAGCAGCAAUUGAGAAAGCACAGGCUGAGCUACGGCUAGAAUAUGAUAUUUGAGAAGAGAGAAGGAGAGAACUUGAGUUUCUUGAGAAAGGUGGAAACCCUCUAGAUUUCAAGUUUGGUCAUGCAGCGUUAGUGAGUGUCCAGUCUACCUCGCACACAUAUGAACACUCAGAUCAGAUUUUGACUAGGUAGUUCCUGAAACUUUUUUGCUUUGUGAAGUAUGGACAAGAUUGACUGCUCACUUGUUACUAUAUUGAUUUAAUUGUGAUGUAGUGAAGCAAAAGGUAGUUUUGUAUUGACAGCCUCACCUCAUGGAGAUUCUGUUGAAAGUAGUGGGAGAUUGGGUGCCACUAAAACCUGUGAACCAAAUAGUGCUGGUACUUUUGAUGGUGAGAAUGAAAUUCUUGAAAUUAAAGAAAGUCUAAAUAUCCUACAAGAGUUAGCAUCACUCCUGAGCAUUCAUCUUAGCUUGAUGGGAGUCAAAAUGUCAAGGAGUCUAAAGAUUCCCCUAUAUUCAACCCCAAAAGAUGUCAGGCAUAUAGGAGAAGUAACUGGUCUAGGCCAAACCAUGAUAGUGGUCCUCGAUCAAGUUCCAACGACAUGGUGUCUCGUGGUGGACAUGUUAUGCUUUCCAAACCUGAUGUAUCUGAAAAUCAGCUUGAAGUUGAGUCUGAUGGUGCACAUGCUUUGCAUUUAUCUACAACCUUAAGAGACAGUGAAGUUUCUGACGGUAAGCUGAUAACUUCAAAGGAAACACAGAGAGAACUAAGAAAAGCAAGUCUAGAAGCUGAUGAUGUUAUUGCUGCUACAACUACUGUUGAGCCCAAUUUAGUUGAAGGAUCCAAAAAUAUAGUUACUGCAGAUGCGAAAGAUCCUCCUUGUUUUGAUACAGAGAAAAAAGAAGGUAUCAAAAGUGCUGCACAAUUGGAUGAGUCUGGUAAGAUCAAUGGGGAGGGCACGUCAACACUAGACAAUGCUCAUAUUAGUGAGAAUGUAGUUUUAACCAAAGGUCUAGAUUUUGGGUCCUCAUGCACCGAUACUAGCUUUACUGUAGAUGGAAAUGGAAAUAUUAAGAGUGAUUUGUAUACUAAUUCAAAGAACAUAGAAUGUAAUGGGGCCCCCAAGGAGCCCAAGAUACCUCUUGGGGAGAAAUCUAUUAGUAAAGAUGAUGAAAGGCUAUAUGAAAAGCUUGCUGUCAAUCAUGUGGAAAGUGCUUCUUGCGUUAAGGAGGAUCAGAAUUUUGUCAGCCACCAAGGCAUUGGUUUUGCUGACAAAGAGAAAGUAGUUAACAUAGAUGGAUUUUGUUCUAGAGACAAGGCUGAGUGUCUAAAUCUGCAAGCAUAUUCACGAAGGCACCAUAUCAUAUUCAACCAUGGUAUCUUUAAAUAAAUAUCUUCUUUCUGUUUUUAUGAACAGAGUGUUCUGAAUCGUUGUGUGAUACUUUAUCAUGCUUAGAUUGUGAUACACUAAUAUGGUAAACUUUCUUCAGAGGGAAAUUUGUGCGGACAUUAUAAAAGCUGGAAGAAUUUCAGAUUAUCAUCUAAUUUAGGUUUCGUUAUUCUAUUAUUAGUAUGUAUUGUAUAAUAUUAGAAUUAAUGGAGCACGUUUAGAGCUCACAAUUAACUAAUACGCCCUUCAAUUAUUUGAAAUUGUCUAAUUUUCUUAUUUGAGCAGUUCACUUUAAUUGUCCCACUUCUAUUUUAGAACAUAAUUUUUAGACCAACAUUUAACCUUCCAAUACCCACUAUAUACUAUUUAAGAUGAUCCCCUCCACUUUCUUAAUAUUUGUGCCUAAUCCAAAUGGGACAAUUUCUUGUUACCAUGUUAACAAUAUCUGCACACUAAUUUGGGUUAAGGAAACAGAUUCAUAGCUUUGUAAAAGUGGUACAGUGCCAUUGUACUUGAGCAGAUGUUUUUAAACAAAAUGUAAACAGAUUCAGUGUUUCAGUGUAGGCAAGGACAACACAGUGUAGCUGAGCAGAAGUCUUUAAGCAAAAGUAAACAGUGAUUUGCUCACAUUUCACUGUUUCAGUGUACAACAUUUUAAGGAACUGUGCUUCCUCUCUUUAGACACAUCCCUCACCAUAUAUACAUGCCAUUAACACUUCUUUCUCUUGUAAAUUUUUGGUUCUGAACAGAAGCUUUUCGCUCAGCUCACAGCAACUCAUUGAAGGUCAGUUCUCUAAUUCCUCUAUUCAGUUUAUUUUUUUCUCAGUAAUGUUUUGUCUCUUGUUUCUUCAUUUUAGUUUUAUUUCAAUCACUAAACCAUACAUUUCCUUAAAUGAUUAGGGUAGCCAUUUUCAUAGUCCAAUAUGAAUUCACUUUAUUUUAUUUUUAAUUUAUCUUAACUUUCUAUAUAUUAUUCAAGUAUACACUAAUUACAUCAAAAAUAAUAACCAAUAUUAAUUUAGUCCGUUUUAAUCACUUUUCUAAAUAAUUAUAUAAGUAUUACUCCAACCUAAAAGCAAUACUAUAUGACAAGUCUUUAAAAAUAAAAUUAUGAAUUUCUUAGCUUUAAAAUUAAAUUAAUAAGGUUUACUAUAAUAGUAGGCCAGGUAUUCAAUCCGUAGAUUUAAAAAAUUUCUUUUUUUGACCCAACAUUUAAUAGUAGCCGUAAAGAGGCACCAAAUCAAUCAAAAUAUAUCUGCAUGACUUUUGUUAAUAUCAGUUAUUAAUAAAUAGGAGUAAUUAUUAAAAUAAAAAAGAAUUUUGAUAUAUUAAUUUUGUAAGAUAUUUGAUUGUAACCAGUAAUAUUAGGUAUUUGUGGUUUUUCUCGUAUGUUUAAUUUAUUUACUUACACAAAUAUUUACAUUAUACCCAAUUAUUUGCAAUUAUCAAAAUAGGAGUAAUUAAUUAU